AUGAGGUUUUUUGUAAGGUAAUGUUACAUGUGUAUUUUUUCUUCAGCUAUCUGGCUUGGUGAUCCUCAUCACUGGGAUUGUUAUACGAAUCAAGUACAAGGACUUUGUGCACUUUGCCCCUAGUCAAGUCUUCACAGCCCCAAUUAUACUCAUCAUAGUUGGUGUCAUCAUAUUUGGGAUUGCCUUCCUGGGAUGCUGUGGGGCAAUAAAGGAGAAUAAUUGCAUGGUGAUGAUGUUUGCAGUGCUGUUGGUUGUUAUCCUGAUUCUGGAGCUUGCUGCUGGAAUUGCUGCAUAUGCCCUCAGGGGUGAUCUCAAUGAAUUGCUGAAGAACACAAUGUUGGAUACAAUGCAUUCCUAUAAUGACAGUAAUGGGAAGGACAUCACAACUGCUGCAUGGAAUGAUCUCCAAGUCAAUGAAAAUUGCUGUGGUGUUACUAACUACACCGACUGGUGGAAGCCUGGUCCCUUUGAAAAACCUCUUCUCCCUUCAACUUGCUGUGAAUCUGAACAACUUGUCAAUGGCAACUGCACUGAGAUGAAUGAAUUUCAUAGAAAUGGCUGCUUUGGGGUAUUGAGCGACAGCUUUGAAAAGAAUGUGGGAAUAGUUGGAGGAGUUGGAGUUGGAAUUGCCUUUGUGCAGGUGAUUGGUAUCGUCUUUGCCUGCUGCCUUUCCCGCUCUAUUCGCAAGGGCUAUGAAACCGUCUAAGAUUCCAUCUGGACUUUUCCUUCAUCUGCCUGCAUACCUUCAACUUUCCUUUCUUUCUUCUCUGAAAAUGAUGUUUAUUUGCUAUCCUGCCAAGUUCUGAGAAGCUUCCCCCCCUCUCAUCUCUUUUUGUAUUGAUUUCAUGUGUGUUUGAGCACUCCCAAUGUGAUAUAUGAAAAUGGCUGUCUUGCACUUGUAGUGACUGCCAUUGUGCACGCCAUGGGUCCUCAUGUGUUAACUGGAGUGCCAUGUUUUUUAUUUUUACCCUCACUAUGUUGGGAGUUAGUCUUCUGACAUGAGUGAAUCCAUUGAAGCCUCGUCAUGACUGGCAUUUUGUUUUCCUUUAAGUAUUGGGAUGUGACCAAUCAGGAUACUUCGAAAAUCUGGUUACUGCCAGUCAUUGUCGUGAUAUCCUUUGCUGAUGCGGGCAAGAAGUUUCUCAUAAACGGUCGCUAUUCUGCUGUUUCCCUGUACUCAUGAAACUUUCAGGUGUAUGUUGUAAAUCAGUUGAAUAAAUAGUGUCAUAAAUGUAA